GAUUGGUGCAUAGUUCGUUGGUCUGUCGUUCCUGAAGAUUUCGAGCCGUGUGAUUGGCUGCGAGUCAGGUGACGAACAACAAAAACUUGUCGAACAGCGAGCAAGGAAGAGGCGAGCGAGCAAAGAAACGAAUGAAGUAAAAUAAAAAUUAAAAUUAAAAUUAAAAUAAAGGAACCGUGUCAAAUUAAAAGUAAUAUGAAGAAACGGAUACCUUCAGGCGACCAUGUUAUUCUCAGGGAUUUAAACGCAAGACUGUUGAAGGUAUUCAGAUAGAUAAAAACGGUCAUUUUACUUGGGAACUGGGCUAUUAAGUUUUGACUUAGUUAAGGAAAAUUAAUAAACUACAAAAUACGAAAGGUAUAGGGGGAUGGGGUCCCUAGGCAGCAGGCUGGUUGGCGUGGGGGGGGCAGGCAGCCCCCAGCAGUCGAGGCGCGGGUGCGAGUGCAGGAAGAGGAAGCGCAGCUCGGGGUGUCAGUGUGACAGCGAGAGCGAGGAGGACGGGGACAGCCUGCUCAACACCCCGCGCAGGAAGAAGUUGAAAAGCACUUCAUGGUACAUUUACCAGACGCUGUUUCUGAACGGAGAGAACAGCGAUAUCCAGAUCUGUGCGCUGGGGCAAGAGUGGAACCUGCACAAAGUCUACCUGUGCCAGUCAGGGUAUUUCUCCAGCAUGUUCAGUGGUUCCUGGAAGGAGUCCAGUAUGAACGUUAUUGAGCUGGAGAUACCGGACCAGAACAUCGACACCGAGGCUCUGCAGGUGGCGUUUGGGUCUCUGUACCGGGACGAUGUUCUGAUCAAGCCCAGUCGAGUGGUCACGAUCCUGGCCGCCGCCUGCAUGCUUCAGCUGGACGGUUUGAUCCAGCAGUGUGGAGAGACCAUGAAGGAGACUAUCAAUGUGAAGACGGUCUGUGGCUAUUACACCUCCGCGGGGACCUACGGACUGGACUCUGUGAAGAAAAAGUGUCUGGAGUGGCUUCUCAAUAACCUGAUGACUCACCAGAGCGUGGAUCUAAUGAAAGAGCUCAGUGCAGGGCUGAUGGAGCAGCUGAUCGGCUCUCCAGACCUGUUUGUGAUGCAGGUUGAGAUGGACGUCUACACUGCGCUCAAAAAGUGGAUGUUCCUGCAGCUUGUGCCCUCCUGGAGUGGUCCCCAGAAGCAGCUCCUGGCUGAUGCAGAUGGCUGGAUCGCCAAGAAAAGGAAAGAGCUGGCCUCGGGAGAUGCGUUCCUGGAGUCGGAGCAGGGAGCUGUCUUCGCCCCCGUGUUCAGACACGUCCGGCUGCAGUACGUCAUCAACGACCUGGCCUCCGCCAAGAUAGUGGAGCGAGACGCCAUCCUUCACACCGACUGGUUGUCAGCGGUCUACAAGCAGCAGUGGUUUGCCAUGCUGAGGACAGAGCAUGACAAUGACCUUGGCCCUCAGGAAGCCAACAAGGAGGAGUUUGAGGUGAGCAGUAUGCGCUGCGGCAGGAAGCUGGCCAAGGACGGAGACUACUGCUGGAGAUGGACAGGGUUUAACUUUGGGUUCGAUCUGCUGGUCACCUACACCAACCGCUUCAUUGUCUUCAAGAGGAACACUCUGAGCCAGCCGUGCGGGGGGUCUGUGAGCCUGCAGCCUCGCAGGAACAUUGCCUACAGGCUGCGUCUCGCCUCCUUCGAUGGCAGCGGGAAGGUUAUCUGCAGCCGCUCCACUGGCUAUCAGGUGCUGGCUCUGGAGAAAGACCAGGAGUAUGUUGUGAUGAAUCUGGACAGUCGGCUUCUUGCAUUCCCACUCUACAUCGGCUGCAACUUCCUGUACAUCUCCCCGGCCAGCAGGAGGCAGGAGAGCGCAGAGCCGGAGAGCAGCAGCAGCACCGCGUCCUGACACUGCCCUCCUGCUGUUCGUCUGUCUUGUCAGACCACAGAGCCCAGCAGCAGCAGCACUGACUGACUGACAAAACAUCAGGGAUACGCAGAGCAGCUCCUGUUUGUCUACAUGCUUCCUACCUGGAGAAACGGAUUUCUGUUCAUUUGCCAACCCAGACAAACCACAAUUUAAUUAAUAAUGUAAAUAUGUUAAUUUGUGUUUUGUUUAUAUAUAUAUAUAUAUAUAUAUAUAUAUAUAUAUAUAUAUAUAUAUAUAUAUAUAUAAAAAAUGAUAUGAUUUACACCUAGCGGUAGGGGUUGUAUUGCUCAUUCUUGCUGUUUAUAUGAUGACUUCUUAAAGUUAAAUAUCAACUAACCCAGUACGAAGCACUCGGAGCAGCAAUCUCUGAGACCUAAGACCAAAAUGCUGAGGUCCUUCUCUUGUGAGUUGGGGAGGGGGCGUUGAAUUGCUGCAACCAAGCAUUUUCCAUCUCAAGACCCGGUAUUUCAAUUCCAGGCUGGUCAACGCAAGUUAACAAAGAAAUUAAUAAAUAAAUCAGACAUGGAGGAGAGUGGGCAUUGAAUUGAGCCACCAGGACUUGAGACUUGAAUCCGCUCCGGUUCUGCAUGCUCUCUGUGAGACUGGCGAUGGCUCUCCGGUUCUGAAGCGGCUCUGUGAUGCCUGUACCAGGCUCUCCUCCCCUCGGCUCAACACCUCUUCCUUGCGCUGCUGUUUUUACAAUCUGGGAACAAACUCAGCUCGGACCAAAGCAGGAGGUGUUGGGAUCCUGCCUUCUGUUUACUAAAGAAUGUAGUAAUAAAUUAGGGCAACAGUCUUGAUGAAGAAUUUAGCAUUGUCUGUAUCAGCAGGUUCUAUAAAUCCACAGUAACAUUGGCGUAACUCGGGGUUUGUGAAACCUGCUGUAAACAAGACUUCUCAAAACUUUGAAUGUAGUACUGCAUUUCGAUUCAGUGCUAGUGUAGAUCUCAUAUGAGCACAUUUGAAUGUAGUACUGCAUUUCGAUUCAGUGCUAGUGUAGAUCUCAUAUGAGCACAUUUGAAUGUAGUACUGCAUUUCGAUUUAGUGCUAGUGUAGAUCUCAUAUGAGCACAUUUGAAUGUAGUACUGCAUUUCGAUUCAGUGCUAGUGUAGAUCUCAUAUGAGCGCAUUUGAAUGUAGUACUGCAUUUCGAUUCAGUGCUAGUGUAGAUCUCAUAUGAGCACAUUUGAAUGUAGUACUGCAUUUCGAUUCAGUGCUAGUGUAGAUCUCAUAUGAGCACAUUUGAAUGUAGUACUGCAUUUCGAUUUAGUGCUGGUGUAGAUCUCAUAUGAGCACAUUUGAAUGUAGUACUGCAUUUCGAUUCAGUGCUAGUGUAGAUCUCAUAUGAGCACAUUUGAAUGUAGUACUGCAUUUCGAUUUAGUGCUAGUGUAGAUCUCAUAUGAGCACAUUUGAAUGUAGUACUGCAUUUCGAUUCAGUGCUAGUGUAGAUCUCAUAUGAGCACAUUUGAAUGUAGUACUGCAUUUCGAUUCAGUGCUAGUGUAGAUCUCAUAUGAGCACAUUUGAAUGUAGUACUGCAUUUCGAUUUAGUGCUAGUGUAGAUCUCAUAUGAGCACAUUUGAAUGUAGUACUGCAUUUCGAUUUAGUGCUAGUGUAGAUCUCAUAUGAGCACAUUUUGUUUUUACUUGAAUGAUUUUCAUUUGAACUCGGAGGUCUGCUAUUCCUUUAGUCUUCUCUGAUGCGUUCCUUUGUAGUGUUAUGGUCAGGAUUAGAAACACCAACAGUCUUUGGUUUCACUCAUUCAGUUAUGUGCUGGUCAUUUCAAUAACAGACUUCAUGGAGGGCUGUUCUGAAACCCAGGACUAGGGAGUUUCUAAUUGUUUUUGUUUGUUGGAGCAAUUUGUUCUUCCCCCCUCAUAGUUUACACCUGUACCUCGACCCACUUCAACACAGGGUUUGAUUUGGACGUCUGCACUGUAAAAUUAUAGAUUUUCUUUCUUUCUUUUUUAUUUUUUCAUCUCCUGUCCGUCAACGUUUUUAGUUUGGAAGGUGCAGGUGCUCAAUGUGUUGUUAUUAAUAUAAACUAUUUUUUCACAUUUAUAUAAAUUACUUCCAGACAAGCGGAGAUGGUGUGUGUUGUUUUUAAUUUCUAUGAGAAGGGACACGGUCAAACCUCACCUAUUGUGAGCCAGCUGGAAUCUGAGUUCUGUGCAUAUCUUGGUUCAAAGUUACAUGUAACAAUAUACUUUGUUUCUACUGAAAGGCUGGUUAUACAUAUUAGCUGUACAGAAUAACAGUGAGACUGCAUGCAAACAUUCGAACAAAAAAUACUUUUGUUUCCAGCACAUUCUUACAUGUUUAACAGAAUAAUAAUACAUCACACCUUUGAUCACAUCAAGGAAAGAAAGGGUCUGUUGAUACAAGGUUGGAGAAUCUAUAUCCCUCUACUUCACAUAUUUCAAUAGGACCCUAGCAUUUUUUUUUUUUCACACAGAUGUGCACUUGUAUAAUGUUGGUUCAGAAAUGGUGUUAUUGAGAUCUGCUGCUGCUUAAAUAGAUUGAUUCGACCACCAGCGGCCCCUGGGAGUGAAGCUUAAGGGGUCUGGACAUCACAACGCAAAGAAAAAUAAAAAAAAUUCAAUCUUGUUAUUUUAAUAGAAAAAAAAAACAUUUUUAAACUUGAUUAUUUUUCUAGUUCAACAGUAAGAAGUCAUACGUCACAUCAAACCAAUAGCCAUUAAUUCCCAAUGUGGCUCCUGUCCCUUGAUCUUUUAACCCUUUCAGUCGUGGAGGUCCUGCCUUAGCGCUGUAUGUUAACAACGUUUCUGUAUUGUAGUGAUAAAAGGCAAGUAUGAAAAAUAUUAUAUCAGAUGUAUUGUAUACAAGUGAGUGCAAACAUGUUUCAUCAUUUUGAGGCCAAAGAUUCCUCCAAUGUUAUCACACACGUUAUUAUUCAAUGUGUGGGGUUUAGAAUUCUUAAAAUGCUGACGGGACUUUGAAGUCCCAUGUACCAAAAUAAAUGUAAAAAAAAAUGCAUUUGUCCUGUUCUUAUGUACACUUAAUAAAUGAGUUACUUUUUUAA